AAUCAAUAUGAGAAAAAACUUACACUGUAGCAUUGUAACUGUGAGUCAAAUCGAGCUAAGAGGUUCAAGUACAGACAAGGGAUUACGUACCCCUAUAUUUUAAACAAAAAACUAUUGUGCCCACUAAUCAUGGAUUUUAAACCCUUACUAUAUUCUUUAAUGUUAAGUGUAUUAGUGACGGACAAGAAGUUGGUGGUCGGGGAGACCUACAAAGUUUUUGGAUCGGAGUUUAGGAGGAAAUGAGACAAUAUUGAAUUAUUUUCGUUUCGUUUUAAUUUUUCUUUAGAGUUUUCGGUAGUUUGAUAACAUGGCCGAAGAAAAAGUUUACAUCAGUGACCUGUCUUAUCCAAUUGAAAAAAAGAAGUGCCUCAUCUAUAGAAUAUUCGGUCAGGUUCCAGCCCGAUUGGUAUUGUAUCUAUUAUCAUGGUCCGGCUUCUUGGUUUCAUUUAUGAUGAGAAACGACAUAAACAUAGCCAUCGUGGCUAUGGUAAACGAACCAGUAAGAACUAAUACAACUUCAUCUAACGAGUAUUGCUAUUCAGUAGAGGAAUCUAGUGACAAUAUUGCGCCAGUGGAGUACGGUGGCACACUUCAAUGGCCUAGUAAAGUACAAAGUUAUAUUUUGGCCUCGUUUUAUUGGGCCUAUAUUAUAUCCCAAAUAGUUGGCGGCUUGGCUACUCAAAAAUUGGGAACUAAACGGGUAUUCGGUUAUGCCCAAUUGGCGACAGCUUUUUGCAGUAUUUGUAUACCUUGGGCGAGUGAGACUCAUUUCGGUUUGGUGAUAAGUUUGCGAUUCAUACAAGGAUUUGCAUCGGGUUUAACUUGGCCUGCUAUGUAUGCCCUUGUGGGGCAUUGGAUACCAGUUCCAGAACGAAGUAGGUUUAUGUCUAGUUUUCAAGGUUUCAGUAUUGGUAUUGGAAUAACUUAUCCCCUGUGCGGAUUUCUCAUCGCCCAUCUAGGUUGGCGCUCAGUAUUCUAUACAACAGGCUCAAUAGGCAUCAUUUGGUGUCUCAUUUGGUACUUGCUGGCAUUCGACAGUCCAGAAAUACAUCCUCGAAUAAGUUUAAGAGAACAACAGUAUAUUAAAGAAAAUACUAACAAUACAUACGAAAAUUCCAGGACGCAGGUAGUACCCUGGAAGAAAAUUUUAACGUCUCCAGCAGCUUGGUCGAUUGGCAUCACUAAUUUCGGCAGGAUUUGGGUACAUUAUAUUUUUAUAGUGUCCGGACCGACUUACAUGAAAAGUAUACUUGGAUUUAGUAUUGAAAAGAACGGUUUGCUAUCGGGAGCACCAUUCAUUUGCAGUUAUGUAGCAUCAGUAUUUUUCUGUUAUAUAGCAGACAAACUCAUUACCAAAAAUUACAUGUCCUUGACGAACGUACGCAAACUUAUGACAGCCUUAUCUCAAAUAGUACCUGGAAUUUUGGUAGUCGUCAUCAGUUAUAUAGGUUGUGACAUCAACUUAAUUCUCGUUGUUUGGUUCCUAGCUGUCACUCUUGUUACAGCUUCGUAUGCCGGAGCUAUGGCCAACGUUGUAGAUAUAGCUCCAAAUUUCGCAGGACCGGUACUAGCUUUUGCUCAAACGAUACACAUGAGCGCAAGUUUUAUUAGUCCCCUCGUAACGUUUCACAUGUUGGAAGGUCAAGAACAGAACAUGUCGGCUUGGAGGAACGUUUUUUACGUUUCCUGUUUUGUAACUGUUGUUACGUAUAUUUCUUUCCAAAUAUGCGGUACUGGAGAUGUUCAGUCUUGGAACUAUGACGGUCUCCCGAUAACCACUCCGGAACAAGAGGAAUUGAUGAAUGGAAAAUCGCCCGAAAAGAAACCCACCAUUGUUAAAGAUGACCCAAAUGAAAUUCAAGCGUAAAUACUUUAUUUAUAGAUUAUAUAUAAAUAAAAUAGAUAAAUACUAAUAUAUACAAAAUUAUUAAUCAAAUAAUACACAGUUUUAGAAAAAAAGUUUCUCCAAUUAAAAAUCGAAUAUUCUAUUUUUUUUUGAUUUUUUUUUAAACGUAUAUUCCUUUUCGUAUAACUUAUAAAUGUCUCAUACCGAACUAUUAGUUGUUAGAGGCUAGGGUAAUCUCUUUAAUCUAAUAUAAUUCCAUACAUAAAAUUGUGAUAAGUUAGAAUUAUUACCGUUUUUAGAUAAGUCGAAACAAUUACGGGCAUAAAAGAUACUUAUUUAACUUAGGCCCGUUUCAUACAUAUGCGUUACGGUUCGUUUUCCAUAGAAACCGGAAAUCUUGUCACACAUACACGGUUUUCACAAGGUUUAUAGAAAUAGAAAUAUGCAUCUUCUCAUCACUUUAUGGCAUGAAUUUACCAUCAAAGCUAAGGGAUAAUGAAGAAUUUUUUGAAUAUUUUUGGAUUAAAAGGCAUAAUUUGGAUGCAUUGACCAUUGGAUUGAUACCAAAAUAAACCGUUCAUGUGUGAACAUUUCAAUUGGUUUCUGUUCCCAGAUAAGAGCUUAGUCCUGAUAAAAAACUUGUUUUUGUCGAGAUGUUGUACUAUUUCUAUUAGGUACGUUUCUUAACGUACCAACCGACAACGAACCGAACCGAAUACGUGUGAUCCAGGCUUUGUUGUACUUAGACAUAACCUCUCAAAUGUUUUUUGAAUCUCUUUUAUCCAUUUUUAUUUAGAAAUUUGACAAUUGAUCUCGUUGAUGUUUGUUGUUGUACAAAUAGUAUAUCUGUUGUGUACUCGAAUGUUUUUGCAUACAGGGCGAGGUUUUAUAGUCCGAUAAAAUGGAGGUUUAAAUUAUCAUCCGAUGUUAGUAGGUCUGCAAUUUUGAAAGUAAUUUUAUUUUAGAAUUAUUUGUGGUUAGUAAAAUUUGUAUUUUAUUUGGGGGUAGAAAAUAACUGAUAAAAUUAUCUUUGGAAAUAUUGAAAAAAAUAUUGAUAUAUAUAUAUAUAUAUAUAUAUAUAUAUAUAUAUAUAUAUAUAUAUUUCGAAAUAUAACUGUGAAACUAUGAAUGUUUCGAUUUAUUUUUCAUUAAAAAAUGAAAUUUUUGAAAUAACCAAUUUAAAUUUGUAUUUCAGUAUUGUGGAAAAAUGUAAAUUUACAAUUUUUUUAAUAAUUUCUAAAAAUUUCCUAUAGAAUUGUCGUAAAUCAGUUUUGAUCUAUUUUCAUAAAAGAAAAAAUAUUUUUUUUUCUAUUAAAUAAUUCAAACUUCAUUUCAGCAUCGUGGCAUACUGAAAUAAUUAAGAAAAUAAUCCUAACAUGGGCAGUUUUCAAUUUUUUUGUAUCAUUUGAGUCUCAUUUUUCAAACAUUUCAUAUAUUUAGUUUGAAGUAACGAAAUUUUUCUCUAUAAUUCUCAAAAUUUUCAUAUUAAAUAAAAAACUGGAAAUUUGGAAAUUGAAAUUUCUUGUCUUAUUUUCUUUAAUUAGUUUUGAUCUAUUUACAUAAAAGAAAACAAGAAAUUUUUGCGUAAACAAUUAAAAAUUGUAUUCUAGCUUCGUGGAAAACUGAAAAAAAUUAGCAAAAAACAAAAAAAUGUGAAUUUUUCAAUUUAUUAUGGUCAAUCAUAUAUAAAAAGUCUUAUUAAUAAUAUUUUUUAAAUGUUUUAAACUAUAUUUUUAUUGAAAAUUCCAAAAGUGGAACUAUGAAAAUUAAAAUUUCCUGUCCAAUUUCUUUGGUAUGGAAUUUUUGCGAAAAAUAAUUAAAAUUUUGAUUUCAGUCUAGUAAAAAACUGAAAAAAAAUCAUCAAAACAUUCAAUUUUUUCAAUUAUCUCUCUAAUUUUAUUUAAAAAAUCAUUUAUUUAAAUUUAUUCUCUAUUUUCACAUUAGAUCUAAAAAUAUUUUUUCAAAUUUUCAUUAAAAAAAUAUAUUUUUUCAAUAUAAUUUUUCUAUCUUUUCAAAAUAACUGAAUAUCGCAUGUUACAAUUUGUAGGAAUGGUGGAAAUGAAUUAUUUAUCGAUUUCCUAUCAAUUUUCAAUAUUCCACGCAUGCAUUCAAAGAAUCUAUAGACGGAAAACUACUUAAAAAAUAACUUUUCUAGAAACAACCCAAAAAUAUUGAAAUAUAUGUAAAAUAAUUCUCAAACCAGAAAUCUAAAAUAAUCUGAGAAAUAACAUUUUUUUAUGAAUGUUUACGGGAGUUAAAAACACUUGUAAUUUUGAAAAUUCCUUUCCUUUAACCCAAAUUUUAAAAGAAAAUCCAAAUCUAUACUGUCUUAUGUGGGAAAAUGAUGAAAAACUAUUGAAUUAAAAUUUUUCUUUCCAAUUUUAGUUGAUAAAACUAUUUUUCAAAAAUAUAAAAAUUUAUAACUUUAAAAAAAUAAUACUAAAAUCCAAAUCCCUGGAUUACAUUUCAAAGAUUGUAAAUAUAAUUAAAAACAACAUGUUUUUCAAUUUUUUAAUCCAUAUUCCAAAGUAAUAAAUAUUGUUUUAUUUCCAUGAAAUAUUCAAAAAAAUGGUUUAAGAGAUAGUGUUCAAUUGACCCCCAAUACAUUACAACGUUUUUAACUAAAAAUUUUCUAAAUAUAUGCUAACUUCAAAAAAUAGGGGCUUGCUUUUUUGAAUUUUAAUUUAAAACUCUAUUUUAUAUAUCCGAUUGGAAGCAAUAACAAUAAGGCGCCUCAGAAAGACUCUCUUUGAAAUAAAUAUAUAAUCGCACACACCCAUUUAAAUAGUUCAAUUGUAUAGCUUAGGUAACACUCUUUGGGUACAGUAUCAUUGUAAUACGCCCAUUUCAAAAUAUUAAAAUGCGAAACUUCAAAUCAAAUUGGUUUAUACAGAUUAACCUUAUUUUUAUUGCUUUCUGGUAAAAUUGCCUCGACAUUAAACGAAUGGACUAUAUUAACAGGAUAUAAAGAAAUAUUGAAAUAAAACUCAAAUUACAGGGUGAAUCAAAAAGUCCAACAGAAAAUAUUUUUCUUUUAAAAAUAACAGCUAUCAAUAUACAUGACACACCCUGUAUUUGUUUCUUGAUAUUUUCCGAAUAAAUAAAGUCACUUAAUAUUGCAGAUAUAAAAAUUUCAAUUUUUUCAAUUAGAGAAAAAUUGUUUUAGUUUUUUCUUAUUUUAAAAUAUUUUUUAUUAUAAUUUUAUUUGUUGAUAGAAAUACUCUACAAUCAGAUGAAUCUUAUCGAAAGAGAAAGGUGCCUAGUAUCAAUUCACUUAUCCUCAUUUAAUACAGGGUGUAUUCAUUAGAUAAGUCAACAUCUGGUGUUCAAGAUUACAUUCCGAAAUUCCAUAUAAAAGUCUAAUGACUAGCCCCGUACACAUUGUUAAUAUAAGGGAAUAUUAUUUACACACCUUAUAUAUAUAUAUAUAUAUAUAUUUUUUGUUGAAUACUUGUAUUCUCUAGUAAUACAUUGAGAGAUUAUAUAUAAAUAUAGUAUAUUUAUAACAAAUUGGAAUAUUUUUUGUGAAAACUAAUCAUUUUUGUUGGUUACUAAUCGCUUAAAUGAUACAGGGUGUUGAGUAUUUCAAAGUAACAAAAAUUCAAGGUUAUAUUUCGAAUUUCGAUGCUUUUAUAAAUUUUUAUUUGUUAGUUUAUCCUCUUCUCCUGUUUUCUAUACACAAUUCGAUACUCUAGAAUGUAAUUUUUUUUAAAUGGUUCAAAAAUUAUUUAUAUGUAUUCCACAAUAUUCCAUAAGUGUCAAAUCAUAUAGGUAAAGGCUAAAUUUUACUGAAAAGAAGAAUAACUAACCUCUUUACCUACUGAAUUGAGUUCGAAUGUUAUCUAAAGAUCAAAUUAUAAAGGAAUUAGAUUAUGUCUUAGGAAUAAUUAUGAUAUGUACCUUGAAAAAAUUAGGAGAUUAGUAGGGUUCAAGAAGAUAAAAUUGGUAUUCAUAUGACAGGAAUAACUAAAGAAGACGAUAAGAUCACUUUGGUGAUAAUUUCAAUCCUAAAAAUAAUUGAGGAAUAUCUUCGAAAGACUAUUAUUUCUAAUGGAUCAUCUAGAAAUACUGGACUAUAUUAAAAAUGUAAUAUCAAAAUCAAACUCCUCUUAUGACCUUAGACCAUCAUAGAGGCCUUUUGAAGAUUUUUUUUUCAGAAAUACUAUAGAAUAAAUUAAGAUAGAAAAAACGUGAUUUUAUUGUACAUGUUGACUGCUUAUAAUAAUUUUUUUGGAGCAAUUUAUUUCAAAAUAGCAGCGGUGCAGGGUUUUUGUGCGGAGUUUCCUUUUUUUCAGGGUUCACCUAUAAUAACUGCUAUAGAAGUAUGUAGAAUUGGUGCACUUCUAAAAACCAUUCAAAAUUUUAACUAAAGUAUGAACAAACACUUUUUUUAUAAAAUAAAUUAGAAGAUAAAGUUUGAGGUUAUGUAUUUACCCGUUCAAAUUGUAAACUUAUUAAGGAGUACUGUGAACCGAACUGCAAGACGCCUGUAAAGGGGUCUACUGAGUAGAAAUUGGUGUAAUUAGAAUUAAAGCUAUUAAUCAGACUCAAUCAAAAGAUCAGUAUAGUCCAAUAACUCAGAGGAAAUAUAAUGAGAUAGUAUUAAGUUUUUAAAGAAAAAAUAAUGUAUGUAAUUCAAUGUAGAAAGAGCAGAUAGCCCAAAAGAUUUGCCCUGUGGAAAUCCGAAGAAAUGAAAUUUAAAGAAAAAUACUUAUGAGAAAAAUAAAAACAGGGGAAAAUAAUGGACUAUGCGCUUUAUUCCGGUAACUGAAAGGAGUAGAGAUGAGACAAGAAAAAAAAAAAGGUUUUUUAGCGGCGAUCAUCUCCACUCAUAAUUAUAUGACAAUGUUUAAUUGAAGUUAUAUUGGAUGUAUGUUAGUACUGACUACUUAGUAGUAGAUUAUCAACUUUAUAGAUGGUUGUAGUUUUAAAUGAUAUACGAAAUAAUAAUAAUAACCUACCCUUUUUUUUUUGGAGUGGGUGGGAAAAUCCCAGGUGUGCUGGAUUCGUCCGCUAACCAGCUAAAAACCCACCUUCUCCACUGGCGCGUGCGGUACCGCUCUUAGCGAACAUCGCUUCACACGCGCCGGCUGUGCCUUCUUUCUCAUUGUCCCCAACUCCGGUUUCGCGCACUUGUGGGCAAGGAGUUUAUGUUAGUGUGGAUCUAUGAGAUUAUUUUGAGAUAAUAGGCGAGGUUCAGACAAAAAUUCCUACCCUAUUUGCGUAAUAACAAAUAAAAAACGUAAACAAUUAAAAAACCUCAUAAUCUUAAAAUCCAUUGUAUAAAUAAAAAUAAAACUCAAACUCCAUUGUAUGAAUAAAAAGUAAAAAUCUCCUAAACCUAACUGUAUAAAUAAAAAGUUGAUACUCUUCUGGCUCAACAAUCUUUUUCAAAUCUUUCUCAAUCAAUGUAAACACCCUGCGGAAAUAAAGCAUAAAAGGUAAACAACUAGCAGAGGAUCAUGGGUAGUCACUAGGUGCUCCUAUUGGUCGAUUUGGAUUUGGCGGAUUUUGAAACUGAAACUCAACUCUGACCUCAAAAUACACUAGGAUGUAGCGGGAUUUGCUACAAAAUAACCAUGGAAAAAUCUAUAAGAAACAAUAUCAUACUCAACUACGAAAAAAUAUUAUUUGAAUUAUAGAUGGCGUUUACUAAUAAGCUUCAGUUUAAACGUUAGCGGCGGUCUGAGGGUAGUUUGAACUUUAGUUUGUCAGUAAACACUUUUUAUAUAAAACAGUCAUGAAAAUUAAUGUAGAUCAAUGUUUAUUUUGACAUUUGUAUACUUAUGAACCAUCAAUUUCAAUAUUUGAGGUCGACAUAUGGCUGGUCAAGAAAUUUCUAAAUUAUGUUAAUUUGAAACGAAGGCAGGGAAAGGUAGAGAAAUACAACUAAUUCGAAGGCUUUGUACGACAAUAUUAUAUUUCGACACUCUGUAUCGUUUUAUCUAGUUAUUAUGCAUCAUACUUUUGAUUUUUCACAAAAAAUAUUUAACCAAAAUGUUCACUUGCCGAAUGUCGAUUUUGUUGUACUAAUAAUAUCCCUACAUUUUUUUUUAUUUUUAUAUCUUAAUUCGGUUGUAAGGCAUUUGGUAGGCGAUAUAAUAUUGAUACCGUUACCAGUUUAUUAAUCCAAUAACAAUAAGUAUACCUCGGUGAUUUAAGGGCACUAAAGGAAACAGUUAAAUCUUUUCUUAACUAUUCGGAAGACUAAAGUAGUUUCUAGUAUACUAGAUUCAUUUUUUUACAAUUAAAAUGGUAACAGAUGAUUUUUCUUUCCAUAAAAGGACAAUCAUUUUUCAAUUAAAACUGUUAAUACUGUUAAUGGAAAUUGCGUUUAUUUUCAAGAUAUAACUGUGCCCUUUGUGAUAUAAGAUGUAUUAAAUAGAAUUUUUAAUGUUUUUUAAAUAAUAGUUAUGUUUUUGUUGCAACUAUUGUUAUAUUUCAAUAUACAUAAAAAUAAUUUGGAUUAA